AUAGCCUUUUUUUGAUUUGUGUAGCUGGGAAACAGUUCUGGAUUACCACAACCGGACAUAUAUUUAUGAUUAAGAACUGAGAGAACACAAAGCAGAACCAUGCCAUCAGCUGAGAAGAUUUUGUACUUCCUGUCCAGUGCGGUGUUAAGUGUAGUCGGUGUGGCGGUCCUCGGUUAUGGGAUGUCAGCAGAGUGGGCCUCCUCCACCCUGGCCUGCUCACCUACAGAAAAUGAUUUGUUCAACGGAUCUGCAACUAUUCGCAUGGGCUUGUUUAAUGGCAAAGAAAUCAAAAUCUCCUGUCCUCGUUUUGACUCUGUUGAACCUGAAAUUGCAGUGUUUAAGAAGAUGGCAAAUGUAAAGAGUGCUGGAAUAGGCUUACAUGCCACAGUUGUGGUUCUGUUGGUCCUUGCUCUGGUGGCUUCUGCUGGGAGCAUACUUAUCACUCUCUACAACACCAUGAGCAAUCCAUAUGAAACCUACAUGGGUCCUAUUGGACUGUAUGCUUGCAGUGGGUUAAGUGCAUGCUUGGCGUUCUUGGCAAUUGUUCUGUACUUGAUCAAUCUGCUUGGGAUCAACAUAGCGAAAGACAUGCUGCUUCUAGAUUUGAAAGGAAUGCUAAAAGACGAGGUCGUGACAUUUCUGGUCGGCUUUUAUAUGAUUCUACCGUACAUUACUGUUAACCUGCUUGCCAUACUCCUGGUGUAUCUGUACGCUCAUGCGGCCUACAGACAACGCCAAGAACAGCAGAAACCCACAGAGGACGCACCCAAAGAGAUUCUGAUGUACUAAAGUGUAGAGGAGUCUAUCUGUAAGACUUUCUCUGUUCGAAGACAUGCACUCAUAAUAGGAGAUUCUGCUGCAGAUCAGGGACGUUUCAGCAAAAUGGAAAUGCUUACAGUGUAUACAACCAGUAAAAAUACAACAAAGUAGAUAUUUAAGAUGAUUUAACUUGUACUUUUAUAUAUAAUUCUCAGUCCUAAGCAUGUGAUGUCCUUUAUAUAUUCGCAGGAAUUAAACCUGGCAAACAAUCUGUAUGUAUAUUUUUUAUAGAUAUAGAUUAUCGUCCAGGAAAAUUCUUCCCAUAUACUGUAUGAGACAAUGAUUGUACAUAUUAUGUCCUCUUUAUAAAUAUCAGCUUUGUAAAUGUUACAAUGAUUAUUUAUUGAUACUAAAGAGCUUGCUUUGCUUUCAGAAUUUCAGAUAACUUUUUAUGAAAAUGUAAAUAUGAACUAUUUCAUGACAUUCUGGAUGGAAAAUACAUUUAGCUUCAUACAUUCUUGUCUUUUGUUGCUUCCAGAAAAUUAGAAAACAACCCUUACUUUCCAAAAGCAGGAAUCAGAAAGAUGACCCAGAAAGGUGGCUUUGUCUCCAAGUUCUAUUAAUGAUUGUACUGGACAGGAGAAUAAUUGGCACUACUACUUUAUUUUUUUAGCUUAGUUCUAAAUAAUAAAAGUAUAUAUGAAU